CCCCCCGACUUCCCUGCAGACCCUCUUCCAGAGCCCCGAGGAGGGCUGGCAGCUCUACACCUCGGCCCAGGCGCCCGACGGGAAAUGCAUCUGCACGGCUGUGAUCCCCGCGCAGAGCACCUGCUCCCGCGAUGGCCGGAGCCGGGAGCUGCGGCAGCUGAUGGGGAAGGUCCAGAACGUCUCCCAGUCCAUGGAGGUCCUUGAGCUGCGGACGUACCGUGACCUCCAGUACGUGCGCAGCAUGGAGACCCUCAUGCGAAGCCUGGACGCACGACUCCGGGCGGCCGAUGGGUCCCUCUCGGCCAAGAGCUUCCAGGAACUGAAGGACAGGAUGUCGGAGCUGCUGCCCUUGAGCUCAGUCCUGGAGCAGUACAAGGCGGACACGCGGACCAUCGUGCGCCUGCGGGAGGAAGUGCGGAACCUCUCCAGCAGCCUUGCUGCCAUCCAGGAGGAGAUGGGCGCCUACGGCUACGAGGACUUGCAGCGGCGGGUGAUGGCCCUGGAGGCCAGGCUCCAUGCCUGCGCCCAGAAGCUGGGCUGUGGGAAGCUGACUGGGGUCAGCAACCCUAUCACCGUUCGGGCCAUGGGAUCCCGCUUCGGCUCCUGGAUGACCGACACGAUGGCCCCCAGUGCGGACAGCCGGGUCUGGUACAUGGAUGGCUACUACAAGGGCCGGCGGGUCCUGGAGUUCCGCACUCUGGGAGACUUCAUCAAAGGCCAGAACUUUAUCCAGCACCUGCUGCCCCAGCCGUGGGCGGGCACGGGCCACGUGGUAUACAACGGCUCCCUGUUCUACAACAAGUACCAGAGCAACGUGGUGGUCAAGUACCACUUCCGCUCGCGCUCCGUGCUGGUGCAGAGGAGCCUCCCGGGGGCCGGCUACAACAACACCUUCCCCUACUCCUGGGGCGGCUUCUCGGACAUGGACUUCAUGGUGGACGAGAGCGGGCUCUGGGCCGUCUACACCACCAACCAGAACGCGGGCAACAUCGUGGUCAGCCGGCUGGACCCGCACACCCUCGAGGUCGUGCGGUCCUGGGACACCGGCUACCCCAAGCGCAGCGCUGGCGAGGCCUUCAUGAUCUGUGGCGUGCUCUACGUGACCAACUCCCACCUGGCCGGGGCCAAGGUCUACUUCGCCUACUUCACCAACACGUCCAGUUACGAGUACACGGACGUGCCCUUCCACAACCAGUACUCCCACAUCUCCAUGCUGGAUUACAACCCCCGGGAGCGGGCCCUCUACACCUGGAACAACGGCCACCAGGUGCUCUACAACGUCACCCUCUUCCACGUCAUCAGCACCGCCGGGGACCCCUAGGGCCCACGGCGGCUCAGGCUGCCACACGAGGGCCGGGGCCCUUCUACCCCACCCGUGUCCCCCUUACUCUGUCUCCGGCCUGCCCUCGCUCUCCCCUGUCCCGUACGUUUUUUCCUCUCCCUCCCAUUUGGCCGGGCUUUCGUUCUCUGCCUCCCCGUUUCUCUUAGUGCAUUCUGUCUGUGUCUUUUCUCCUUUGUUGGUCUCGAAUUUUGAUCCUUCACUCUUUCUGCCUUUUUAUUAGUGUCCGUCUCUUUUCAUUGAUCUGACUCUCCAGUUCUUUCCCUGUCUGCCUCUCUGUCUCUCUCUUCCUUCUUCCCCUCCCUCCGUGUUUCCCACUCCUUCCCCACUCCCUCACUCCAUGCCCUGCCUCCCUGCCCCCCACUAAGAGUUGAGUGCAUGGAUCGGUUUCUUUUUUUAUUUACACUCGUUCUUUCCGGGUUGCUGGAAUAAACGGGACCUUUGACAUUUGA